CAGUGUUCAUGAUGGCGUUCGUGAUGUGAACAACGUUGCCGAAUGAAGUAGUUAUUUAGUGAUAUUAUUAAACUAAAUAGAAUAAUAACAAAAAUAUUUAGGCUACUGCAUAGAACAAAGAUGAACCAGGUCGUAUAUCUUUGUGGCGGUGGCCGAGAAAACCUGAUCGAGGAACAGAACUCGCGCGAAAUUCAAAAAGACGUCAUGGAGGCCAGCGACAGGGAAUUGUUAAGUAAUGUUACAAUAACUUCUGAUGAAAACGGAUCCCAAUAUAUGAUACAGCGAAUGACAGUAGAAAAUGCACAACUCUUAAGUUCAGAUUUAUUGCAUCAUCCAAAUGGAUUAGUAGUUGAUUUAGGUGGAGACUUUAUUCCAGUUAAUUAUUCUGAAGACUUGCUUGGUCAAGAAUUGACUGAAGAGGAUCGUAAUUUAGCAGCCGCUUUGGUUGCUGUUCAAUUUAGCCAACAACAGAAGCAGCAACAAACACAACAAGAUGGUAGUGUUAUAAUUAACACAACUUUACCAUCUUUAGGAAGUUUGGAUGGCUCUAAAGUCACUUUAGGAGACCAGCAAGUUCUAUUGGCUGACAAACAGACUGGAUAUCUACAAAUUGUAGACGCAGAUAACUUGUAUAAACAAGCAGACUUUGAUUAUGAUGAUUCUACUAGCAUACAACUUAUUAAGGCAGAGGAAGAAGAAACAACAAUUUUACAUAAAGAUUCUGAUGUUGAUAAUAGGGAUCAACGUACUGCUAAAAAGAGUUUGCCACAUAAGAAACGUAUUUCAAGAAAACUUAAGAAAAGAAUGCAGAAGUGUAAUUUUUGUGAUCAAUUAGUAAAUGUUGAUGAAUUUGCUGAUCAUCAAGUAGAAUGUGAAGCCACCAUAACUCCAAUACCAAAUAUGUUUUCUUGCCAGAUUUGCAAAGCCAAUUUUAGUGAACAGCUAGAAUUCUUUGAACAUCUGAAAGUUCAUUAUGAACCUACUGAAAAACAUGAGAGCCAAGUUGUUACAUCAGCUUCAUCCACUAUCAUAACUACUUCAGUUAUUCCUACACUUGCAUCUGAUGAUAUCAAAGAAUCUCCAAUGAAGCUGGAGCAAGAGCCACAGAAGGAUUCAAUAUUAGCAUCAUUGUUGCAAAUUACAUGCUUUGAAUGUAAAAAAUAUUUCAGAAGGCAAAAGACUUAUGAACAACAUAUGAGGGAAUUUCAUAAUAAAGUUGAUUUGAAUGAGUUCAGUGAACCUGAAGACUUAAUGGCUGGUAUUGAUGUAAAUGCUGCAGAAGUAGAUGAUGAUGAUAACAAAACAUGGUACCAAGAUGAACUCCAUGCAACUGAGGAAGACUUAAAAGAGCUUGAAGCAAAAGAACAUGUUUGUCAAAAUUGUCAACAACCAUUUCCAAUUAGAGCUAUAUUAAUGCAGCAUCUGGUUACAUGUACAGAAACUCAAGAUUCUCAAGACAAAGUUGAGGUUAAAGAUGAAGUUAAGAAGAAGAAGGCAAAGAAACCGGAAUUAGAAUGCGAUGUUUGCAAUCGAAAAUUCACUCAUAGGAAUUCUUUGGUUUACCAUCAAAGAAGUCACACCGGGAACAGGCCGCAUCAAUGUGAACAGUGCGGAAAGAGCUUCUUUGCGUCGAGUGCGUUGAAGGUCCAUUUGAGAUUGCAUUCUGGCGAUAAACCAUAUAGGUGUGAAUUCUGUGGUCGUAAUUUCCGACAAUGGGGUGACCUUAAGUAUCACUGCAUAUCUAUUCACACCGAUGAGAAACAAUACCAAUGUGAAUAUUGUGGAAAAGACUUCGCAAGAAAAUACUCGUUAAUUGUUCAUAGAAGAAUCCAUACUGGCGAGAAGAAUUACCGAUGCGAAUUCUGCGGAAAAACAUUUAGAGCCUCCUCGUAUUUACAAAAUCACAGGAGAAUACAUACAGGUGAAAAGCCACAUCCGUGCGAAGUUUGCGGUAAACGAUUCCGUGUCCGUUCAGACAUGAAAAGGCAUUUAAGAACGCACACCAGACGUCGCAAUACGCGUACUAUAACAUUGCCAAUUGGAUCUGAACUGAAAAUGGAGGAGGAACACGAGAUACCUCAGGAAUCCGAAGAUACGAAUGAAUCGAUUAUGAAAGAAGAAAAUGAAGUAGCGGUGCAAUCUUUGCAGUAUGAGCAAGAAACUCUAGAGACCGUUAGGGAUGGGAACACACUCUAUGUUAUGCCAAUACUAAUUUCUUAAGUUUUGUUGUAAUAAGUGUAAUAUCUUGUUUAUGGUUAUCUUAAUUGAAAUAUUUACUAUAAACCAUACAUAUGAAAAUGGAAUAUUUGAAUA